AUGGAUGAUCUAGUUCAGCUGUAUCGAGAUGACCCCGAGUGGGAUGAUGUUCAGCCAAUGCCUCUAACCGAUGAUGAACAAGCAGCAGUCAAAAUUGCUACCACUGAUACGUUCAACGAUGCUUUUAUGUACCUCAGGGCAGUUAUUCAAGCCAAUGAGCUUUCGGAACGCGCAUUCAAGCUGACUACUAGGUGCACUGAAUUGAAUCCAGCUAAUUAUACUCUGUGGGUGUAUAGGAGGGCAUUGUUAAAAGCGCUGAAAAAGAACUUAGAUGAAGAAUUUCGUUUUAUUAGCGAAACUAUUGAGGACAACCCUAAAAACUACCAAGUUUGGCAACAUCGGAGGACAUUAGUUGAGUGGACAAACGACUCCAGUAGAGAACUUGAAUUUACAACACAUAUUUUGGAAGACGAUAACAAAAACUAUCAUGCGUGGCAACACCGUCAUUGGGUCGUCGAUAAAUUUAAGCUGUACAAUGAAAGAGAACUUGAUUAUGUUACACAGCUAUUUUUGACGGAUCUUCGCAACAACUCAGCUUGGAAUUACAGAUAUUUUAUACUUCAAGGACUUGACUUGCUAAAUGACGAAAAUACUAUUAGUAAGGAGAUAGAAAUGACGAAGGCUCUAAUUAAAAGAGCACCAAACAACGAGAGUGCUUGGAAUUAUCUUGAAGGCAUACUACUGGAGAAGGGCACAACCUCACGACCGGAUUUGUUUGAGUUCUGUGAAAACUUAUAUGAAGAAAUGAAACCUCCAUUCUGUAUAGCUUUUAUGGUAGACUUCCUUAUAGAAGAGAUCGAAAAGAAAAAUGAAGUACAGGGAAAAGCUGCUAGGGCUCUUCAGUUAUUAAAGGAGCUAUCGACGUUAGACCCUGUAAGAGCAAAGUAUUGGCAGUAUCAGGAGAAGGUCGUAAACAAUCUUGUAACUGCUGAUUACGCUCAAAGAGUUUCAGAAAUAUAUUAA